GCAGUGGGCGGUGCUGGAGUGUUGGCGGAGCCAGUGGUGUGGGCGUGUCUGUUGGUGAGUGGGAGGAGCUGGGGCCAGUAGUUGUGAGGGAGCAGAUGGCGGAGGAGGCCCCGGACAUGAGCCCCCCGGGCGCGGACACACGAGCAUGAAGGGACCGGAGGGACGGAACGGCUACGUGCGGACUAGUGUGAGAGCUGUGCCCGCGGAACCCCCGUGUGAGGAGCUGCUGCGGGGGCUGCGCUUCCCUCUGGUGCUGGGGGCGCUGGGAGUGGUCGCUCUGUGCGGAUUCCCGGGGGUGGGUCAGGCGCUCAGUCCCCUCUUCACUAUCGGCUCCGCCUACUUCUUCCUGAGCCGCAGUGUGUGGCCCCGGGGGGCCCUUCUGGCGCUGCCGCUUUGCUGCUCCCUGGGGGAGGUCCUUGGACUGGGGGCGGUUCUGGGCUCCGUGGGGCUCGUGUCUCUGUAUCAGGCGCUGAGACUGGGGGAGUCCGUGCUGCUCCUUCUCUUCUCCAGUCUCAUCUGGCUCCUCACUGCCUCUGGCCUCGGGGCCCUUCCUGCCGGACUCCGGGCCCUGGGGAGCUGCUUGGCCGGACUGGGGGGCGUGCUCUUGGCUUUGGCUUCUCGUCCAGCCCCGCCCCCGAGGAGCAGUCUUGUGGAGGCGGAUAAAGUCCCGGUGAUUCGGCCCCGCAGGAGAUCCAGCUGUGUGUCCUUCGGAGAGACCCCCAAUUCGUACUAUGGGGGCAGCAAGAUGGGCCGGAGACCUUCCCUACCCUGUAUCUCCCGUGAGCAGAUGAUUCUGUGGGACUGGGAUCUGAAGCAGUGGUACAAACCCCAAUACCAGAACGCUGGAGGUGGCAACGGAGUUGAUCUGUCAGUCCUCAACGAGGCGCGAAACAUGGUCACCGACCUACUGGCCGAUCCCUCCCUCUCACCCCAAGUGAUCUCCUCCCUCCGCAGCAUCAGCAGCUCAAUGGGAACCUUCUCAGGCUCAUGUAGACCAAAAAUCAACCCCUUCACCCCCUUCCCUGGCUUCUACCCCUGUACUGAAAUGGAGGAUCCUAUGGAUAAAGUAGAGCGUAAACCUCACAAGGGGAUGAACAGUCGCAGCAGUCUGCCAACCCCCCAGCUCCGUCGCAGCUCAGGGGCAUCAAUUCUGCCUCCCAUGGAGCCGCCUCCUCGGUGGGAACGAAGCAAUGGCAAGAGGCCCCACCAGGAAUACAUGGGUGCCAGCCAAGGAUCAUAUCCAAACGGACCCUACAGUUCCAACCUCCUCACGAUACCAAAGCAACGGUCCUCGUCUGUAACGCUGACCCACCACAUUGGCCCCAGGAGAGCUGGUGCCUCGCCGUCCCUCAGUCCAGUGAAUUCCCCCAGUCUUGGUUCUGGGUUCAGUCGGGCCCCCGUUGAAUUCCCCGACACGGCUGAUUUCCUCACCAAGCCCAGCGUGACUCUCCAUAAAACCGCAGGACUCGCGUCCACUUCUCAGGAUUUCCAGCCGCAGGUCCGGUCGCCCGGCAGCCAUAUUUGUACCAGUUGUGGGCGUCCGACUCUGAAGGCUGUUUCCAAUGCAGAAGUGACAGACAGCAGUUGCCAGUCGGGCACAGAGCAGCAGUCUAUACAGCAGGCUGAAAGUGGAACCGGCCAGAAGGAAGCGGGGCAUUUAAAGGAGAAGGCGCAGGAGAGCCGACUGCAGAAAGACUCCAGGAAUGAGCCAGGGGGCCGGGAAUCCCAGAUGAAAGAAGAGUCCCCCCUGCAGGAGCUGAUCCAAGAACAGGACUCGCUGUUGGGCAGAUUAGACAAUUGGAACUUUCCCAUAUUUGAUCUGGUGGAGCGGACGGGAGGGAAGUCGGGGAGGAUCCUCAGUCAGGUUUCCUACACUCUGUUUCAGGACACGGGUUUAUUUGAGAUUUUCAAAAUCCCUCUACGAGAAUUCCACAACUUCUUCAGAGCCUUAGAAAGCGGCUACCGGAAUAUUCCAUACCAUAACCGUAUUCACGCCACUGAUGUGCUCCACUCCGUGUGGUACCUGAGCACCCGGCCAAUCCCAGGGUUCCAAGAUAUUAACAGCGACGAAACAGAUCCAGACGCAGAGGGCGGAGCCACACAAGCGUACUUGGCAUCAAAGACUUGCAAGCUUCCAGAUGAUAGCUAUGGGUGUCUCUCAUCCAAUAUCCCUGCACUUGAGUUAAUGGCCCUGUAUGUGGCAGCAGCCAUGCACGACUAUGACCACCCCGGUCGCACAAAUGCAUUUCUCGUGGCCACCAAUGCACCGCAGGCUGUUCUUUACAAUGACCGGUCAGUGCUGGAGAAUCAUCACGCAGCCUCAGCCUGGAACCUCUUUCUGUCGCAGCCGGAAUACAAUUUCCUCUCCUACUUGGACCAUGUGCAGUUCAAGAGAUUUCGAUUCCUGGUGAUAGAAGCCAUACUCGCCACCGACCUCAAAAAGCAUUUUGACUUUCUUGCUGAGUUCAAUGCCAAGGUCAAUGAUGUGAAUGGACUUGGCAUCGACUGGAGCAACGAGAAUGACCGCCUCCUGGUUUGCCAAGUCUGCAUUAAACUGGCCGACAUCAAUGGGCCGGCAAAAACCCGGGAAUUGCACUUAAAGUGGACAGAAGGAAUUGUGAAUGAAUUCUAUGAGCAGGGAGAUGAAGAGUCAAGUCUGGGACUCCCCAUCAGCCCAUUCAUGGACCGUUCCGCUCCACAACUCGCAAAGCUGCAGGAAUCUUUCAUUACUCACAUAGUGGGGCCCCUGUGUAACUCGUACGAUGCCGCCGGCCUGCUGCCCGGGAGAUGGACCGAGGAGGAUGAGGAGAUCGAGGAAAGUGAUGACAACGACGAUUUGGAUUCAGAAGAGGAAGAAAUGGAGGAAGAUAUUGAUCCAAAACCUCCGAGGCGGAAAAGAAGGAGGCGGAUACUUUGCCCACUGAUCCAUCACCUCCGGGAGAACCACAAGGUCUGGAAGAAAACCAUCGAGGAAGAGGAGAAGAGCAAAGCCGAGCAAACGAAACAGCAGAACGACGGCAGCUCUGGGCCUGACGACAUUCAGGUCAUUGAGGAAGAUGACGAGGAAGAAGAGCGACAAUCCGGGGAGGAGAGAAAAUGCUGAGAAUUAUGGGAAGGGAGGCUCUGACCCCCAACGUGCCGAGCUGCCCCCCACUUUCCCUUCCCCACACUGUAACUCUGAUAGGCCUUAAUACUGUGAGUGGAUUAUUGCUGCGUCUACAAACUGAGUAGAUUAACCCCCCAUAUCCCCGAUGCAACGUUCUCUGUGCCCUAAUUGGUAUGAGAAUACCAGAGUCUAAUGCUGCCUUGCUCCUCCCCCCGAGCCCUUGCACAAGGAGCUCACACUUCAUUUCUGUUACCAAAGCGUCACUGCUGCAACUCACUAUUCCCCUUUGAGGGAUUUUUUACUAUUCAGUUUUGCUGGAGGUUUUUUUUUUGUGUUUUUUUUGUGUUUUGUGACUGAAAUAGAAAUGGUUGGGGGGGGGGGGGGAAUGGAGAAAAAAAUCCAUUUGAAAGACUGACCAAAAAAAAAAGAAAGAAAGAAAAAAUGGGGAAAAAAAGGUCUAAUUUUUAGAAGAUUGGAAAAUCCCGGAUGCAUUGAUUUUUGGUGCUUUUAUUGCUGCGUAUAAUCGGCCUUUAUUUUACCGUUAUUAUUAUUAUUAUUUCAGGUAUGCAGUGAGUAUACACUUCAAUUUGCCGUUCUGUGGUAGAUUCCAGGGAAAAAAAAAAAAAAACCACGCCUACAAAAAAAAGUAUUUCCGUAAUGAAGGGAUUUUAUUUUUUUUAUUUAGACGACGAUGAUGAUGAUGAUAUUAUUAUAUAUAUAUUUUUCCACUCUUGCUCAGGACUGGCCUGUAGAUCUGUGUCACGUGUCAAGCCACGCCCACACACGCCCCGUAACGAUUUUGUACCGGCAGCGCUGAACGCGAUUAACCCUUUGUAUGCAUGCCUUCAGAUAAAACACACACAAAAAAAAUUUAUUAAAAAAAAAAAGUUUUUUAGGAAAAGAAUUUGCAGGCGCACCCCGUGUCUUUAACCACCAUCUGCCUUCUUGCCCCCCUCCCCUUACGACAGGGAUCUGGGGAAACCCCCAUUGAAUUUAUAAGGAAUUGUUUGCAGGAACCUAUUAUUUCAGUUUCACGUAUUUUAGUUCCCCUUUAAAUACCAUGCAUUUUUUUUAAGUUGCCCAAAUCAGCCCCCUAUUGGCUUGUGGGUAAAUCACAUGACUGGUGCU